CCAACCCGAGAGCUGGAGCCGACUCCGGCCCCAGCGUGGUCCCAGGGCAGCGGCGGAGGCUACGGCGACGUGGAUGUCCCCACUCUGGUCCGCCUGAGGGACCGAAUGAAGGAGCAGCUCAUGGAGUACAACACGGCUAUUCUUGCCGGUCAGGAAAAUUUCCUUGAUCAUGAAAUUGAAGAAAACUUUAGCCAGAGUGCCACACAAGAUUUGGAAAGAGAUCUAGAGGAUGCAAAAGUCUCUUUCCAGAACAAGACGUUGGCCUUGCACAGGACCCAAAUUAUGGAUGCCCUGAGAAACAAAUUGAAACAAGAUGAUGAGGACUCACGUCUGAUCCUGGAAACAAUGAAACACAUAGUAUUGCUCAGCCGGACAAUAAUUGAAUAUCAGCAGCAAGUACAUCAGAAGGAACAGCAGCUGAUUGACAUUAAAAGGGAAAGACUCUCACUGAAAAAAUAUGGAGGAGAGAAACUACAGCAAAUUCAUACCAUGAUGAAAAGGCAAAAGGAGAAACAAGCCCAUGUGAAUGUAUCUGAAACAGAGAAGAUGCUUGAUAAAUUAGAAAAAGAAAGACAGAUGACUACAAUAAUUCAAAAUGUGUUCCAGAACGUCAUAAUUGGAAGCAGAGUUAACUGGGCAGAAGAUCCAUCUUUAAAAGCAAUUGUUCUACAGCUUGAAAAAAAUGUGCAUUUUCAGUGAGUCAGGAGAUGUUGUGCUUAUUUUAUACAUUGUGUGCAUUUUAACUAAACUUGAUAAAUUAUAUGUAUGUUAAAUUUUAAAAUUUGACCUUUCUGGAAGAUGUUGUUCUCUCCAGAGAAAUAGAAUGUGUCAAAGCGGGUAGUAGAGCGGAUGAAAUGAAACUACCUGAAGACUCAUUUCUCAAGCUGUCUUGUCUCAAGCACUUAUUUUCCUCUGAGAGGCAGCAAGAACACACGAAAAGUUUCAAGGUUUCAUGUAGAAGUGGACUUAAACUAAGGAUUUGCUGUACCCCUUCCCUGGAGACCAGCAGCCAUAGAGCUCAAGCAGGGUGCACAGUCCUGCUCAAUCCCAGUCAAAAGCUCAGUCAGGAAAAUUUAUUAGCAAGUCUGGAGUAGGGAUUAUUUUUGGUUUUAAGGCAAUAUGUAUAAUUGUAAACACCAGAAAUUUUUGCUCCUGUUAGCACUGACUCUUGUCUGCAGAGGUGACUUCAUACAUGUCGACUGUGCAGCUAAGCAAUGUUUUAAUUGUAUGUCUUCACUAGCAUUUGCGCUUUUUUUACUUGGUCUUUGUUUGAUGUUUGAAGGAAAUUGACUCCUGGAGUGUAGGACAGUUUGGGAACGUGUAGUGUCCCUUGUUAUCUUGGUGUGUAGCUUCACUUUUAACUUGGUGAGUGAUCACCAGCUAUUUUUUGUAGGUGGAUGCCUUGAUCUAAUAAUAAAAAUAAAACGCUGAUUUUCCUGAAAA